GUGCCCCAUUCAUGCGUGUACCAAGCGUAUAACACGAUAGCGAUGUGCCACAGCGAAGCACUGGCAACUGUGAAUGAAAUAGUUAGAUCUGUCAGUGCCAACUAACUCUGCCAUCGCGUAGCAGACAGUAUCUUGAACGAUAGAAUCUGAUCGUUAAUCUUCAAACCUGUCAAAAAAAAUCAGCCCUUCAAAGCUGUUACUUCACAUUUAACUAUGACAAUGAUUGAAAUUAUCUGUGAUUUGUGAGCGUGAAAAAUGUUGAGUUUUUUAAAAACUUGUAAAAUGCGAUCAACAGUCGGAGACAGGACGAAUGAGUCUACGAUCUCAUGCUUGUGGAAUUUUUUAGUCAGGUGUGCUAUUGGGUGAAUUGCGGUUCAUCAUCGUGCGAAGUGUUUUGAGUUCUUGUUUUUGAUUUUUUUUUUUUGAGGGAGAAAAGACUUGGGUGAGGAAUCUGCACAGUUACAUAAAAUUAAAAUCGAAAUGAGCGAUUUUCAAGUUACGAUUGCUGUCGAAAGCUGACUACCAAUCGGCGUAAGUCCCCUGAAUUCUCACAUUUGGUUUAAAUAAUUCAUCUUUAGUUAUGCAAUGAUUUCGAAAAGUGGGCGAAAUAACAAGGCAAUUACGCAGGCCUUUUACACACAAUUUUUGGGAAUUAUAGAACUAAUAUUUGAGGAGAAUUGUCUCGUGUUUUUUUGGGAUUACCUCAGCCGUACGGUAUCAGUAGCUGAAUUCGAUCGCUACCUGCGCGAGAUUUUCUCUGUGAAUUCACCAAAAUGACGGGAGAAUCAGUCUUCGGUGAAGAUGCGAGUGUGGUCAUUGCUGGGUGGAUGAGGACUACUUAGUGUCGUGAGAUUCAGAGAGAAAAUUCUACGAGACUGAAGAAUUGCUUCAUAACUCGUCAUAUCAGUAAUCAAACAUUUGGUCUAAAUUUAAAUAGAUCCAAUUAACUGUUCUUGAGACAAAAAAUUCGAACAUUUUACGAUUCGUCUGCUGAUGAGGUGAGUGAUACACAUGAGAUAGGGGAGAACGCGAAAGAUAACGCAUUUAAAAGGCAAUCACUCUUACAUUAUUUAUUUAUUUUCGACGAAAGUCGUUGCAAACAGCUGCAAUUUUUGGAUAAUUUAAUUUACGUAAUAAUUGAUGAUAGCUGAAAAGGGACAGUUCGCAGGGUGAUUUUAACGGUUUUUCCAAAAGCACUAAAAUGAGUUUCAAAAUGGAGAAGGAAAUGCUCAACGCUCAUGCCAACAAUCGAGGCAGGAGUCGUUCUCUGAGUGGACCAUGUAAGGAGCCUCUAUUACCGAGUAAACGCAACUCGUAUAGAAUGACACCAACCGGUAACCGAUCUCGCACUGUCUCCGAAACAAAUACGACUGCUGCACUGGCAGCACCGCUGACCGGUGAUGAUUGUCAAGAGGUGACGAUACUCGAUGAAAAUGGAGAUGGUGGAAGAUUGCCGGACGUCGUCGCCGAGAGCAGGCUCUGCGGUGGUGCCAAUGAACCUGUUGAGUCCUAUCUCGCUAUUACAAUUCAAGUAUUUAUUCCAUUUCUCGUUGCUGGACUUGGAAUGGUCGGAGCUGGUCUCGUUUUAGAUAUUGUUCAGCAUUGGGUAGUAUUCGAAAAAGUCAGUGAAUUGAUGAUUCUGGUACCAGCGCUGCUAGGAUUAAAAGGAAAUUUGGAGAUGACUCUUGCCUCUCGUCUAUCCACCCAAGCCAAUCUCGGUAAUAUGGAUGCACCUAAGCAACAGUGGUACAUGAUCGUCGGCAAUUUAGUCCUGAUUCAGUGCCAGGCAAUCGUAGUUGGAUUCCUAGGAUCGGUGGUAGCGAUUGUGAUGGGGGCCUUCAGAAAUGGCACAGUAUCACUGGACCAUACUUACCUCCUCUGUGCCAGCAGUCUCGUAACAGCAUCUCUUGCAUCGUUUGUUCUCGGAUUAAUAACAGCUGGAGUAAUCGUCUUCUCGAGGCACUGUCACAUAAAUCCCGAUAACGUGGCAACCCCCAUUGCUGCCAGUCUCGGGGAUAUCACUUCUCUGGCGUUGCUCUCAUGGAUAUCCACGAUUCUCUAUGAGGCAAUUGACAAGCAGGACUGGCUAGCACCCCUCAUUAUCGCGUGUUAUAUUCUCAUCACUCCCCUGUGGGUGUGGAUUGCUAAAAGGAAUAAAUACACCAAUGAUGUGCUUUACUCGGGAUGGACACCGGUCAUGGUUGCCAUGCUUAUCAGCAGUUGCGGAGGAUUGAUCCUAGAAUUCAUGGUCUCUCGUUUCGAGAAUCUCACAGUAUUUCAACCAGUAAUUAACGGAGUCGGUGGCAACUUGGUUGCAGUGCAAGCAAGUAGAAUAUCAACAGCCCUUCACAAACAGGCAGAUCUGGGAACCCUUCUGAUUCCACCAGGCCACACCCACCCGGUGAUCUUCAUCACUCCAAUCGCAAAUUUCUUUGGAAAAGGUUUGCACGCUCGAACGACACGAGUUUUGAUGGCCAUGGUAAUACCUGGUCACAUAAUUUUCAUAUACAUGAUCAAAUACAUGAAGGACGGCGACACUUCACUAACACCACUCUUCGUCUUCGUUUAUCUUUGUGCUGCAAUGCUCCAGGUUGCAGCACUCCUGUACAUUGCCUACAUCAUGAUCCACUGGAUGUGGAAAAGGAGAAUUGAUCCAGAUAACUCAGCGAUUCCUUAUCUAACUGCCAUGGGAGAUCUCCUAGGUAUUAGUUUGCUUGCUAUAGCUUUCCAAUUUUUGUAUCUCGUCGGUGAUCAGGAGUACGACGACGAAACUUUGAAGCCUUAGAAAUUAGUUUAGUAUUUUUCUCGAUACGUGAAGAAAACGAAGUGGAUCAUGGAGGAUAAUGGUUACAUGACUAAUCAAACUCAACACUAAUUUGCGAUUAGAAUCAGCUAAAAGAUAGUAGAGAAGUCUGUAGAUAUCCGCCAAUAAUUUCCAACAAAUUAAAAUUUUAACAGCUCGCUUUUUCAUUGUGUUGACUAGUCAUAGGACCACGAAAACAUAAUUACGAUGACAGCAGAACCUAACAAUCCUUGGCUCUCAAUAUAGCGACAGUUGAGGCAUGCAACGAACAAACAAAACCUACUUAGCUGUUCAAUGCAAUUACGGUUAAUGAAUGUUGUGUUAAAAUCGUUAACUAGCUGAAAAGUUUCAAUGAAACUGAAGUAUCUUGUCAUAGUUGCCUUUUUAUCACCACUUCGGGUGAGCAAAAAGUCUAGUAAAAUGGCCUUCGAUAUUUUGAGAGGAAUUGUCCAUAGAAAUCAUCCCCAAAUCUGUAAAAAAAUCCCCUCUAUUUUUCAUGAUAGUAUCUAAUGAAGUGAGCAAUGCCCGAAAAAUUUCGUGUAAAACGUAUGAUAUUAAUUUGUAAGAUCUCAUUGAGACUAGUCUCGAUGUAUAGGAUAUGUCUAGAUCCAUGGAGAUCAGCGAUUUUUAUGAUAAAUGCAGGGAUAGAAUCACACUCAGGCAAUCUAGUGGAAUGUGCAAUGAUCAAAAAAUUCAUCUAUAUCUUUGAGAGACAAUAGAUCUCCAGGUGAUGUAGAUCACGAGAGUGUAUAGAAAUUUUGAAUUAAGUAGUAGAUUAAACUCACUGUAAAUACUAUACAUACACCUGAAUGUCACGUCCUUCUUUGGAGGACGUAUAUAUUUAUGAAUGAAGAGAAUGUAACACCAUUCACAUCACGGAUUUGACAAUUGAGUUUGAUAAAGACAGCUCUCAGUAUUAAAUCAUAUUUUGUAUAAACUUCAUGAUAAAUAAAUUGCCAAGACGAGUUGGAGAAUACCAAGGAACUAUCUGUGCAUUUCCAGAAGUGUUAAAUUGAAGAAAAUGUCAAUAAUCUGUGCCGUCGAAAGUACUUCCUAUCGAGUUCGAUGGAACGGACCCUAGAUUAGAUAUAUGUGCAAUACAAAAUGCGACAAAUAUAAAUUCUUGGUCGUAGGAAAAAUAUUCAGUAUAUUUUUCAAUCGAAAUAGAUAAAUAUGAAUGAGUCAUCAAUUUAUGCGGCACUACAGAAAAUAGUCAUCCGAGUGAUAGAGUAUUUACUUGAUGAUGCUGCUUCAUGGAGAGAAGACAAAGUCUCACAAUCUAAUUUUGAUAACAACAUGUUAAUUAAUUUCUCAUCUGUAAAAGCAAAUAAUAAAUGAUGAAUUUCAUUGUUCUAAUAACAUUUAAUCAGUGUGAAUAUAAAUAGCCAACGAAGUACAAAAAUAGUAGUCGAGUGAAUGAUAAUCAUGUAGGUAUACUGAAGUUCGUGGACAAUAUUCUUCGAAAUAAACUGAUAAUGUUCGUGUAUUCAAGUAUAAACAA